CACACUUUAAAUAAUGUUUAGAGGACUUUCUCUUUUCCUAGUCACCAUCAAUCUAUUAUCAAUAUGUCAUAAUAAUCGAUUGAAAUCACAUUUUCUUUCACGUUCAUCUGGAACGACGGCAACUGCGGCCAUUACAAAUUUAACAAAUUUUCGUUUUUAUAAAUCACUGAAUUCAUUGUCACCAUUGAAUGCAUAUCCAUUAUUAGCUACCGGUUCGAUAACAACAACAACAACAGCGGCGGAUCAACCAUAUGAUUCCAAACAAGUAUCGAAUACAUUAUGGAAUCUAUUGAGUAUUGCCAGAUUUUUACUAUCAUUUCCACAAAAAUGUCAUUAUCAAAGUGAAACACAUCAUUGUACAUUCGGUAUAACAUGUUGGAUGUCUGGACAUCGGCCAUUAGAUUUAUGUAAUGGUGGUAUAUUCUGGAGUUGUUGUGUACCAUUUGAAACAAUUGCACAGAAUACAACCUCAGUCAUACCGGAAGAAGUAUCCGAUCCAGAAUGUGGCCGUAUAAUGUAUACAAGAAAUGCUAAAAUAGUUGGUGGUGAAAAUGCAAAAUUUGGCCAAAAUCCAUGGCAAGUGGCCAUUGUUAAACAUCAAUUUUUAAAUCAAAAAAUUUCCUGUGGUGGUGCAUUAAUUAAUCGUCGUUGGAUUGUAACGGCUGCACAUUGUGUCUAUAAAACACCGGCAAAUAAUAUUAAAAUACGACUUGGUGAUUAUAAUCUUAAAGCACAGACUGAACAAUAUCCACAUGAAGAAUAUGGUGUCCGACGUAAAGUGGUACAUGAAGGAUAUAAUCCGGCAACAUAUCAGAAUGAUAUUGCAUUGUUAGAGCUUAAUCAAGAUGUGAUAUAUAGGCCACAUAUAUUACCCAUUUGUUUGCCACCGAAAGGACGAAAUUUUACCGGUGAAAAAGCAACAGCUGUUGGCUGGGGUCGAACCCAAUACGCUGUGUCAACAUCACCGGGUAUAUUGCAAAAAGUUGAUGUCGAAGUAUUGGAUUCAGAUGAUUGCCAAGAAUGGAUGAAAAAUGCUGGUCGUAGAGAGAAAAUUUUCUCCAAUAUGCUUUGUGCCGGUUAUAAAGAUGGUGGUCGUGAUUCAUGUCAAGGUGAUUCUGGUUCACCACUUAGUUUACGUGAUGAUAAUCAUAUCAUAUUGAUUGGUCUAGUAUCAUGGGGUGUUGGAUGUGCAAGACCAAAUCUACCCGGUGUCUAUACACGUAUCACUGAAUUUGUCGAUUGGAUUCAUAUUCAUACAAAUUGAAUGACUAACCACCAAAAAAAAAACAAUGACCGGUUAUUACAACAUCAUUACAACCACCACCACCACUAUUGUUUCAUGAAUCAAUUACCUGAUCGAUUAACUUUGAUUGAUCUUGAUUUUUUUUUUUGAUUGAUUUUUGUUCAUUAUUUUUCUGAUUGUUUUUAGAUUAUCAAAUUUUUUUUU